CCUCGACCCCGAUUCGAUACCCUUUAUCUCUCCGCCAUUCUCCUCUCUUUCUCUCUCCUCUUUCUGUCUCUCUCUCUCUCUUCUUUUAUUGUUCUUCUUUUCCUUCUUGGUGAAGGCAAUGGUCAUGGCGGAAUGGAAACAGAGGCUCAGCGACUUCAUUUCGGCGCUCGAGGAAGAGCGCCGCAAGAUCCAGAUGUUCUCCCGCGAGCUCCCCCUCUGUUUGCAACUCGUCAACGAAGCGAUUGAUAACUUGGAGCGGCAAGUAACGAGCGAUGAGGUUUUCGGAGAUAAGUCGGUGAUGGAGAAGGGAGCGUCUAAUUGUAAGCAGGAUUGGCUCAGAUCUGCCCAGUUAUGGAGUCCUGCGGCGGCUGAUAAACCGCCGGCUGAAGGGGGCACUUUGAGGAAGCCGGUGGCUGUGAACGCGACGAGGGUUGGCAGAGCCUUUCAGCCAUUUGAGAAAAGCAAAUUGAUGCCGGCGGUCCUGGCGCCUGCAGAGGCACCUGCGGUUAGCUCCACAUUAGGAGGAAAAAGACGGGAUGGUGGUGAAGAUUUGGAGAAGAAGGAGGCGGAGGAGGGUCGGUCUCUGGCUACUGCACAGUCUAAUAGGAAGCAGAGGAGGUGUUGGUCGCCUGCUUUGCAUCGGAAAUUCUUGAAUGCUCUUGAACAGCUAGGAGGCUUCCACUCGGCAACACCGAAGCAGAUCAGGGAGAUGAUGAUGGUGGAUGGCCUCACUAAUGAUGAGGUGAAGUCCCAUUUGCAGAAAUAUCGUCUACAUAUGAGAAGGCCAUUGGUUACAGUUCAGAGCAGCAGCAGCAAUAGCACUCAGAAUCAACCACACUUUGUCUUGGUAGGAAGCAUCUGGGUACCUCCAACGGCAGCAGCUCCUGCUGCAGCUACAGCACAGCAAGCUGAAGGUAGCAGUGCUGCUUUGAAUGGAAUAUACUCUCCUGUUCCAUCUCUGCCUCUUGAAUUUGGAUCGGAGGAAGAGCAACCAAAUAAGAAGCAACAAACAAGUAAGCACCCUUUCAUGUCGUUGCAUUCACAACAAAGGUGCAGCCAAGAUGAUGGAAGUCUUGUAGAUGAUGCGGCUACCAUAUCCAAUUCUUCUAGCACAUCCUUCUCAUCACAGACCACAUCAGUUUAACCUCUUUGUGAGAUCCUUGAAGGAGAGUAUGAUCUUAUGCUUUGUUUUUUUUUCUGUAAAAUUAGAGCUACAUGUAUACCUGUGUUUAUAUUUGCAUGUACCACCAAACUUAUUUGAGAUUAGACUGAAGUCAGAUGUAGAGUUCUAUGCAAUUUUGCAGUUCUAACAUUUAUAUGGAUAUUUAUUUGGGCU